AUGGCAAAGAAACUAACUGGUACCGAUCGGGUUGGCCUUCUUUCGGAACCGUUUGCAGCACUACCUGACCUACAAUGCAGUGUGGUUAAUGCUAGAGUUUGGACUCACAAUGAUCGAAUUGCAUCAAUGAUAUGUGUUAAAAAUUCCAAUUUCGGGUCACCAAUUGAGGACACACAAUAUAUUGAUAGAAUAGAGGCAUGUUUAAAGAAUGUUCUUAAGGGAGAUAAUGAUAUUAAACUACGGUAUCAAUGGCAGCCACCCAUAUGGAAAGAAGUUUGCAUCAAAUGA